GCUGGGGCGCGCGGGCGCGCGGGGCCGGGGAGGGAUCCGAGGCUGUGGGGAUGGAGAGGGGCGGAGUGAAAAGGGAGGAGAGGACUUGGAGGAAAGACAAGGAUCCGGGGAAAGAAAAAGCGAAGGAGCGGAGUAAGAGGAAGGGGGAGGAAGAGAGGAAGGGACACCGGUCGGAGACGGAGGCCGAGACGGAGAGGGAGGCCGAGACGGAGACGGAGGCCGAGACCGAGACGGAGACGGAGGCCGAGACGGAGACGGAGGCCGAGACCGAGAAGGAAGCAAGAGGAAAGCAAGGCCAGAGCGGCCCCACCGUGGCGGGGAGCCCGCCGCCGCUGCGGGAGAAAAACAAGCAGAUCCUGGUACUGGGCCUGGAUGGAGCGGGGAAAACCAGUGUCCUCCACUCUCUGGCUUCAAACAGGAUCCAGCACAGCAGGGCACCCACUGAGGGCUUCAAUGAAGUCUGCAUCAACACGGAGGACAGCCAAAUGCAGUUCCUGGAGAUUGGCGGCAGCGAGCCUUUCCGUUCCCACUGGGAAGCGUACCUGCCCAGGGGAUUGCUGCUGAUCUUCGUGGUGGACUCAGCAGAUCACGAACGGCUACCGGAAGCCAAGAAAUACCUUCACCAGCUCAUCGAAGCAAACCCGAUUCUCCCUCUGGUAGUGUUUGCAAACAAGCAGGAUCUCGAGGAGGCCUAUCACAUCACAGACAUCCACGAGGCCUUGGCACUCUCCGAGGUGGGGAACGACAGAAAGCUGUUCUUGUUUGGGACCCAGGUGACAGAGGACGGCUCAGAGAUACCCUCCAGCAUGCAGGACGCCAAAGACCUGAUUGCCCAGCUGGCUGCAGACGCUCAGUGACCGGCCCCGAGCCUUGUGUCACCCCAGAGUGUUGAGAGUGGCAGGCUCAGAGCCAGAGGUUUCCACUGUGAAAUAAAACAUGAGCCUUUUCCUGGUUUCUCAGUGCAUGGCAUAUGCACCGAGAUUAACGUUAACUUAUUGAAAGCUUCCCUUUAUUUAAAUUUUGAACAUUAGUAUUUAUAAAACGAUGUAUUUUGCAGGGGAGGGGGAAUAGGAUUUUUUUUUUUCUUUUUUUUGACAGGCAGAGUGGACAGUGAGAGAGAGACAGAGAGAAAGGUCUUCCUUUUGCCGUUGGUUCACCCUCCAAUGGCCGCCGCGGUAGCGUGCUGCGGCCGGCGCACCGCGCUGUUCCGAUGGCAGGAGCCAGGUGCUUCUCCUGGUCUCCCAUGGGGUGCAGGGCCCAAGUACCUGGGCCAUCCUCCACUGCACUCCCUGGCCACAGCAGAGAGCUGGCCUGGAAGAGGGGCAACCGGGACAGGAUCGGUGCCCCGACUGGGACUAGAACCCAGUGUGCCGGUGCCGCAAGGCGGAGGAUUAGCCUGUUGAGCCGCGGCGCCGGGAUUUUUAAUCAACAAGAGUGAAAUGAACAUUAUCAAGCCUUCAUCCCAUUGGUGGUUUUUAAUCAAUGACGUGAAAUUCAUAUGAAAAUAUUUUAAUAAACGUUCUCUUUCAAGUAAAAAUCUAAUGGAUCCUUUC